AUGGCCGACAUGGCGAACGGAGGCGGCGGGUUGGAGGCGGGAGGAGACCUGGCAGCAGCGAGUCUGAUCUUCGUGGACGUGCAGGACGAAGACAAGGUGCAGCCUACAGUCAACGUCGAUCAUGCAGAGCGCGCUGAGGAGAAGGUCCCCCUCGACUCUCUGCCUCCCAACCUGGCGGAUGCUCUACGACGAUUCAACAGGAGCAAGGACGGGAUGCUCAACGUUGAAGAGAUUCAGGAGAUGGCCCUAGUGUUCCAGAGCCUCGAGGCAGGGAAGAUUCCUCUCUCGCUGCUGCCAGUCAAGAUGCAGCAAACAAUCUCUGCUUCUCAAGACGCAAGUGAAGCAGCUCCGUUGAAGCAGGAGAUGCGGACGCUCGACGCAGAGCAGAUCACCGAGGCCUUCGAUUUCCACAGCCGUUUCGUACAGAUCAAGACACGAGGAAAGAUUCCCUUGGACGUAUUCCCACCUAGUGCCCACCAGCAGCUGAAGAUGAUGGACAUUAACAAUGACGAAUUUCUAGAUUCCCACGAGAUUCUGACUGGAAUCUCGGCGUUGAAGAAUGAGAGAAACAAGUCAAGGAUGUACUUCAACUUCCUCAUCAUCCUCGGCAUCCUCUUCAUCCUCACUCAGGCCGCCGUGUUCGGAUUGACGUACGCGGUGAUUGAGAUAACUAAGGACAGUGAAGUCAAGGCUGGGGGGGUAAUGACCGUAAAGGGAACCGACGAGCCCGUUCGAGUCGCCUCGACUGACUUCGAUGUCAAGGAUGGUGUCCUGACGUCGAGAAGAUCGCUCAACAUGACCUGCAGCAACGACACGUGCGCUGUCAAACCCAUCCAGACGGCUCAGUCCACAUCUCCUGCAAAGUUGACAUCUCUCAUGGACGACGAGCAGCUGUCGGAGCUCAGGUCGAUGAAGGUGAUACAAGGCCAGGCCUUCAUCCACUUUCAGAUCUUCGCAGUCGCGAGGUACGAGGAGACCUGGAGCAGGCACGGCAGUGUUGUUGUCAUCUACACUCACCUCGGUGACAUCACCCUUGACGGCGAGGUCAUCGUCUUCCAUGAAUCACUGCAAGGCGCCUUCACAAGAGCUGGGUUCCAGGUGGACUCGCACGGGCGGAGACUUCUAGGGGUGGUGGAGAUACUCGGAAUGUUCAACAUCAUCAGGAGCGCACUCAAGCAAGAAUCAGCUGAACACUCUAAGCCCGACCAGCUCCCGGCGUUUCCUCCCUCGCAGUACACAGCGCACGUGGUGGAGGUUGAGUUCUGCGAAGACGAAGGGGGGAAGUCGACCUAUUCCUGCCAGACUGGCGGAGGCGAGACGGUUGACUGGGUGACGGAUGAAGAUGCAGGAAGGAAGGGGUUGCGUUUGGAGGAAGAUCAGUACAGCUUGACGUUCAAUUCAAGACAUUGGGCCAAGACGGUUCAGACCAAGGCGCAAUGGCCGGAGCAAAAGCUGAUCAAGAUUCAGAACGAGUCGCACAAGCUGACGUAUCAGGUGUUCAAAGGGAAGUACUUCUUCUGUGACCUCAGAGAGGAUCAGUCCCUCGCUUCAGUUGUCGACAACCGAAGAGCUCUUGCUAGCCCCAAGGCAUCCUCGGACUUUGAAAUUCUUUUCCAGGGCUUCCAAUCAGUGAACGGCAUCUACUGCAAACACUUUGAAAUUCGCGCAAAGGCGGAAGGGAGCAGCGAGGUGUUCCAUGUGUACGAGGACUACUACAGGAAGAGGCUCUACCAGUUCGUGCGGGGCAACCUUCGUUGGAGGUUUGACUCGCUGAUGGCGAUCGAGGGGGAGGAGAACAAUCCGAUUCCUUUGAGCGACCUGGACAUGGAAACCAUCCUGCAGGCUUGCGAUCCACAGGAUCUGAUCCCCCCGGCAAAGCUCAUGGAGGGAUCUGUGUCAAAUAUUAUAGUCCCUGAUCCGUCAUGGGGCCUCCAUGAAAACGCAAGCACAACGAUGGAGGAUAUGUCUUCCUUCGAGCCGGGGGCCAACAUGUCUCGCAGGCUUCUGUUCUCUGACAGAAAGAAAGAUGUCAACGAUCAGUCUUGGAGCUUCUUGGGCGAGGCUCAGCUUCUCUCUAGGGCCGCUGAAUCGACUAACUCGCAGCCCGGCAACUCAUCGCUCAGGUCCUUCUGCUCCCGACUCGGGUACCCGUCGGUAGUCCAGGGCCCCUACAGCAGCAUCAGCUCGGCCAAGUCAUCGUCCAAGACGACCGCCAGAUCAGGUUCGAUCGGCCUUGAGUUCAUGUACGAGAGCUGCAAGGACAACGUCGCCAUGUACAUCAAGCCCCAGAUCAAUUACGGCUGCCCCAGCUUCUCAGGAGGGAUCGAGCUUGAGAUCCGGGGGCUCAACUCCAAUCGCGCCACCAUCAGCUACGCAGGCGACCUCUUCGUCAGCAUCAACCCCUGCCGCUGUCCUCCCAUGCGCCUCCCCUCCGCCAUCUCCAGCUUCUGCCCUUCCCUGGGCGUGGGCAUAGGUAUCGUAGGGGGGCUGACCAUGAAGGAGUACUACACAUGCUCUGUCGGUCAGUUCGGCUCGAAUCCGCUCAUCACCGGGUACUCCACAUUGAGCAUCGGACCCUACUGGGCCAACGCUCGCUUCACGGUGAGUGGGUAUGCCUACCUGGGCUUCCGAUGCGGGUCCAUGCAGCGAUCAGGACAGAAGAUGAAGAUCGGACACAGGUACGACAUGGAAGCCAGGCUCGACUUGUUGUGGACCUCCAAGACUUGGACGAUGCCUAUCUAUCCUACAGAGCAGAACUACUGCUCCAGCCAGAGCAACCCCGUCUCACUCAGAAGGGAGUACAUCUUCAAGGAGUACGGUAGGUAUGCGUACGCCAUGUUCGACUCGGACUACUGGACCUGCAAAUGA